GGCGGCUCCCGCGCAGGCGCAGACGGGCCGGCCCCGUGAGGCGGGGCCGCGGCAGGAGCCGCCCCGCCGGUGAAGGUGGGCCGGCCGGACGGGACUGGGCCCCACAGCAGCGGUGAGGACCCGUCUCUGCUCCCAGGCGAGCCCCGCCGAGAGAGAGCUUCGUUCUGGAGGUGGCCCUGGACCCCGGAGUUCAGCCCUCAACGGCGACAGCCAUUCGCUAAAAAUCUCCCCCCCAACCCCAUCGUUAAACUGCAGAAAACCCGGUUAGGCAGCGCAGCGGGCUCUGCACGCUGACGUCCCGUUUCUCCCCUUCCCUCACCCAGACCCCGCGGGGAGCAGCUGUGAGCGAGUCACACGGAGGGAUGACCUCUCUAGGGGACGCCGUGUGAGCGGAAGAGACCUGUCAGUAUGCAAACGGUACGGCACUCUGAACACACUCUGAAGACGGCCCUCAUCUCAAAGAACCCAGAGCUUGUGAAGCAGUAUGAGCAGUUGGACCCCAGGGAGCAGCGCUUGCUGAACGAGGCCUUCCGGCCAGGCAGCGAUCUCUUUGGACCCAUUACUUUGCAUUCACCAUCGGACUGGAUAAUCUCCCAUCCUGAGGCUCCCCAAGACUUUGAAGAGUUUUUCAGUGAUCUUCACAGAAAGAGCCCUUCUUCAGGGAAGCAGACUAUUUACAUACAGUGCAUUGGAUUGCUGGGAAACACCAGAAGUAUCAGUGAAGAAUAUUUGAAAUGGCUCAAGGGCUACUGUGAAGCCUUCUUCUAUGGAUUGACAGUCAAACUCCUAGAGCCGAUUCCUGUCUCUGCAACCAGGUGUUCCUUUAGAGUCAACGAUAGCACACGGAACCUUCAGAUUCAUGCAGGGCAGAUCCUGACGUUCUUAAAAAAGAAGAAACCGGAAGAUGCCUUUUGUGUUGUGGGAAUAACGAUGAUCGAUCUUUACCCAAGAGAUUCCUGGAAUUUUGUCUUUGGACAGGCCUCUUUGACAGAGGGUGUGGGGAUAUUCAGCUUUGCCAGGUACGGCACAGACUUCUACAGUUCACACUACAAAGGCAAAGUGAAGAAGCUGGAGCGGAAGUCUUCGAGCGACUACUCGGUGUUCGAUGACUACUACCUCCCUGAGGCCACCAGUGUGCUGCUGCUCCGCUCAUGUAAGACUCUGACCCACGAGAUCGGACACAUCUUUGGCCUCCGGCACUGCCAGUGGCUCGCCUGCCUGAUGCAAGGCUCCAACCACCUGGAGGAAGCCGACCGGCGCCCACUGGACCUCUGCCCCAUCUGCUUACGCAAGCUGCAGAGUGCUGUCGGCUUCCGGCUCAGAGACCGGUACAAAGCGCUGGUCAAGUGGAUUGAUGCCGAGUCCACCGACACUCCUAGAGUUACUCCAAAACACAGUCGUGAGGAGCUGGUAACGUUGCCAAAACCUGUGGAAGCCUUUAAAGAGUGGAAGGAGUGGAUCACAAGAUGCCUGGCUGUUCUCCAGAAAUAAGGACCUUCAGUAGGAGUAAUUCAAAUAAACACGUGCACAUCAUGCUUU